AUGUGUAUGUACAUCGAGUUGGUCCUCCCCCCCUCUGCACUCUGCAUUAAUUCCUCAGCCUACAGAACGGAUGUUUUGAGCAAGGCUCUUCCGGAUUCCUGCUUAAACGAAGCGGACUUUUUAAAAAACAAAAAAAACAAAAUUGGCGAAAACCAUAACGAGAUGACACUGAAUAAUGAGGAAAAUUUCCAUCCCACAAAUUUAGGCACCAACGGGACAAGCGACGGACAAAGCAGAAGCCUCCUCAGCGCGAAUAGCAUCCAAGUGGUAAGCAAAGAGGACGACAACGACGAUGACAACGAUGAUGAAAACAAUGGUAACAGAGAUGGUAACAACAAUGGUAACAGAGAUGGUAACAACAAUGAGAACAAAGAUGACAACUCAAAUAGUGCAGACAGCGUCAAGGUGAAUCCCCAGCAAACGACUCUGAAAGAAAGAAGCAACCGCUACGUGAACGGGGCGAGCGCAAACGGAAGGAGCAACGGAACAGAAGGCGAACAAGAGGGAGAACUGCACAUCGUGUACGCCUACGUGCUGAGUGACUCCAAAAAAACAAUCCUCUCCAACACUGAACUCAUAUCCAUACACAUAUCCACACACACAUCCACGGAAAAGGAUAAAAACUAUACAAUAAAAAUGAAAAUAAAGAAAUUGCCCUCUCUGAGAAACGGACACUUCUUAUGUGUGACAAAAAAUCGGGAAAUCCUUGCCAUAGGGGGAAGUGAUGGGAAAAAAAAAUACGGACUGGUUGAAAAAUUCUGUGCAGAAAAACAGACAUGGAAACAAAUAAACCUCAUGCAUUUUCCAAGAUCCAAUUUUUGUGGAGUAUGUACAGAAGAUGAUGACCUUUUCAUUUUAGGAGGGGAAGGCAAUCACCACAUUUUAAACAGUGUAGAAUACUAUGACAGCAAAAUAAAUUCGUGGAGGUCCCUUCCCCCUCUCAACUGUGCCAGACACUCUGCCAGUGCAGCCAUCUUUAAAAAUAUGAUUUUUAUCCUUGGGGGAAAGGACGGAAUUGGAGACUAUGGCAAGGUGCACAAAAGUAUGGAAAUGUUAAAUUUGAAGGACAAAAAAAUGAAGUGGAUUAUGGGUAAGCCUCUAAAGCAGGCGCGUCUCGGCCUUUCGACUGUGGUGUUCCAGGACAAGCUGUAUGCCAUAGGCGGAUCAACUGGCGUGAAGGAUCUCAGCUCUGUCGAAAUAUAUGACUUUCAGACGGGCGAAUGGAAGGAGGGACCCAGUUUAAACUUCUCGCGUUCGAACUUUGUCGUGUUUGUUUGGAACAACCAAUUGGCGGCAUACGGAGGCGUCAGAAAGAACCGGGGGGAUCUUAUAAAGAAGGCCGAAAUACUAAACGAAGAAGGGACACGUUGGCUGCUGCUGAAUGAUGAUGGAUCACAAUAA